AUGAUGUCCCAGCGGCUUUUUACCCGGCGCCUUCCUCAGGUGGCCGCUCGCUAUACUGCCCCUCGGGCGAACUUCUCACAAGCCCGGACCCUCGCUGCCGCUGAGGUGAACGACCCGUUGCAGAACGGCGGCUACGAGAACCCUCCCCGCGUUAAGCGAGCCUUCAGAGACCCCCGUAACGACUGGUGGGACAAGCAGGAACGACGGAAUUUUGGCGAACCGGUGCAUGAGGAGAAUGAGAUUCUCGGUGUAUUCAGCCCGGAGCAAUAUACCCAUGUCUCGGCCCGCAAGGGCUUCUUCCACCUGGGAGUAUUCGUCGCAACUUUCCUUGGUUUCUGUGGUGUUGUGAGCUAUUACUACCCUGAUAAGCCCAGCGCUCCUCGUACUUUCUCCAACGGAUUGGAGAAGGAACUGGGAGGCCCCAGUGCUCUUCCGGCUCGCAAGUCUGGGGAGGGAUCUUGGUAAUUCGAUCGGUCUAUGUUGUGUACAUAAAUACGACAAUGUUUCUUUUUGGGCAUCAAUUGAAGGAUUGAUCGCCAAUGUUUUCUAUGGUUCCGCCCAUACCCGUCCCACUUGUAACAACAUAGCACUUCUCCUUUGUCUUUUCUCUUAUGUUCCAAUCUUCUAUCAAGAAAUUCACUUCUAUCUGCACUUUCCACGGUAUUUUAUGUGUUGUUCUGGCACCAUGUCCAGAUCAAGAUCAAGCGAGGGUGUAAUAGCAUACAGGACAGUGAUGGAACAGUGUACGAGAGACUGUAAAUGGACAUAGGCGCGUGUGGCUCUUCUAUCAUGCUCAAUCUGAUUGAUAGUCCCCCU